GGCAACGCUCCUGGAAGCCCGGCUGGCGCGGGAGGAUGGCGGCCCCGCGAGUGUUCCCACUUGCCCCUGCGGUGCAGCAGUAUGGCUGGGGGAAGAAGGGUUCCAGCAGCGAGGUGGCACGUCUGCUGGCCAGCAGCGACCCACAGGUCCGGAUCUCAGAAGACAAGCCCUAUGCAGAGCUGUGGAUGGGAACCCACCCCCGGGGAGAUGCCAAGAUCCUUGACAACCGCAUCUCCCAGAAAACCCUAGGCCAGUGGAUUGAUGAAAACCAGGACUGCUUAGGCUCAAAGGUCAAGGACACCUUUAAUGGCAAGCUGCCCUUCCUCUUCAAAGUGCUCUCAGUUGAAACAGCCCUGUCCAUCCAGGCACACCCCAAUAAGGAGCUGGCAGAGAAGCUGCACCUCCAAGCUCCACAGCACUACCCUGAUGCCAAUCAUAAGCCAGAGAUGGCCAUUGCCCUCACCUCCUUCCAGGGCUUAUGUGGCUUCCGGCCAGUUGAGGAGAUUGUGACCUUUCUGACGAAGGUGCCCGAGUUACAGUUCCUGAUUGGAGAAAAUGCGGCAACACAGCUGAAGCAGAGCAUGAGCCGUGACUCCCAGGCCGUGGCCUCUGCUCUGCAAAACUGUUUCUCCCACCUAAUGAAGAGUGAGAAGAAGGUGGUAGUGCAGCAGCUCAACAUGCUGGUGAAGCGGAUCUCCCAGGAAGUGGCUGCCAGAAACAACAUGGAGGAUGUCUAUGGGGAGCUCUUGCUGCAGCUGCACCAGCAGUAUCCAGGUGAUAUCGGGUGCUUUGCCAUCUACUUCCUGAACCUGCUUAGCCUGAAGCCAGGGGAGGCCAUGUUUCUGGAGGCCAACGUGCCCCACGCCUACCUGAAAGGAGACUGUGUGGAGUGCAUGGCGUGCUCAGACAACACGGUGCGUGCUGGCCUGACUCCCAAGUUCAUUGACGUGCCGACGCUGUGUGAAAUGCUCAGCUAUACUCCUGGCCCCAGCAAGGACAGGCUCUUUCCUCCAGCACGGAGUCAGGAAGACCCCUACCUCUUUGUCUAUGACCCCCCUGUGCCAGACUUCACUGUCAUGAAGAUGGAGGUCCCUGGCUCUGCCACUGAAUACAAGGUCUUGGCACUGGACUCUGCCAGCAUCCUCUUGCUGGUGCAGGGGACAGUGACAGCGAGCACUCCCACAGCUCAAGCGGCAAUCCCCCUGAAGCGUGGUGGGGUGCUCUUCAUUGGUGCCAAAGAGAUGGUCUCACUGCAGCUCGCCAUGCCCGAGGACCUGCUCAUGUUCCGUGCCUGCUGUCUGCUGUAGAGGACUCAGCCUCCACUGUCCUCUGCCAGGCACCUGAAAUCUUGGCCCAGCCCAAACACCUUCACUGCUCUGGACUCUUUGGGUACAUCCUAGAAGAGAUGGGGUAUAGGAACAAGCUUGACGGUACACCUCCUGAGCUCACCUAGACAAAACCAUCUUAUUUCUGGGCGGAGGGCCCACAUGAGCAAAAAGGGCUAACACUCCUUUUCAGUCACACCUCUCCCUGCCACAGCUGAGCCAGGCUCCUGUGCUGCAGGAGGCAGCAGCUCUGUUCCAGCCUCCAGCACUAGGCAGGCUGGUGACAUCUGUGAUAGCUCGGCAUUAAAUACAUCAAGCGGCUAGGUUAUUCAUUUCUAAGAACAGGGUACUGGCCCUGGGACUGCCUGUUUACUCGGCGGCAAAGCAGGGAGGUUCGGUGUGUGGACUAAUGCGGACAUCAUCACCCUUUUCUCUGUCAAAGCAAUUAAAGAUUAAGUCUGUCGGUGUGUUCAGGCUGUGAGGUAAAAAGCCUCAGCCUUUUGCAUUCCAGUUCCAGAAGAGGCUGAAAGGAUGUCCAUUUUUGCUUCAUUCCUGCAUCAAACAGGUCCCUAGGGUGGGCAGGCUGGACCCAGAGCCCUUUCAUAGGAAAGUGUGGGAUUGCUCUCAGAUGCAAAGCUAGCAGGCAGGCCUUGGGCCCUCCGGCCCUGGAGACAGAGGAAGGUGGGGCUAAAAAUGUGCACUGUAAGUGCACGAUUCUUCCCUCCAGUUUGAGCUGGUCCUAGGGCAGGGGUCAGCAGGCUAGAUCUGGCCACAUCCAUUCAUUUACACACUAUCCAUGGCUUUCAAGCUACAAGGGCGAAUUUAAAAUAUGCUGGGAUGUAUGGCCUGAAAAGCCGAAAGUAUGGACUCUAGCCCUUUACACCGCAGCUUGUGAACCACUUCUAGAGUCCCUUUAUCCACAGGGAAGGGACACUUGGGUCCCCACUGUGAAGGAAAACAUUUCUGCUUUUACCAAACUGGCAGGAGGCACAUAGGAGGGCAUCUACCCUGCUGGUGCCUGUCGUCUAGAAGCGGAACACACCUCUGCAGGAGGCUUAACAGCUGUUUUGCCACUGAGGUUUCUUACUAGCAAUUUGGGAUCCUGCCAUCCCAGACUAAGCAGAGACCCAGGCUAUCGAUGCCUUCCUGUGGGAUAAGGAUCUAGACUCACACAAAAGCAUCUUUCUGAGCUAAUGUCCACACUAGGCUCCCUGUACAACAGAAUUCCAGGAAACUGCCUUCCAAAAAGUUCUGGCCAAUGUGUUCUGCAUUUUUUGGCCUCCACAUUUUCUUCACCUGGAAGAUAGGCCUGCUAAAGGGAACCCAUUCUAAAUAGAAGUGCGGAGCCUAUUUUAUCCAUGGUCUUCACUUGAACAGGCCUGAAAAUGAUGCCCUGCAGAACAGCAGAAAGGGAGGUGCUAGGAGGAACAAUCAGUUAGGACCACUAGGCAUUUCAUUUCAGAAUUCAGAAGGGAAAUGACUACAAUCUAGACUUUUCUUAAAAAUCCUAUUGUAACACAGAGACGGCUCAACUUGCAUAUUUGUAUUUAUUUUUAUAAACUUACAGAGUGUAGAAGCAUAAGCCAAGAGUUCUGUGGCAUGCUCUAAAUACCAUAGGGUGCCACUCCCAUCUGCGAGCUAAGCCAAAUACACCCUCUCUGCCCAGGGCACUGCCACCUGCAGAAGCCAGGGACUAUGAUUAAGGCACUGGGCACCUUGGUGCCUUUAUUGGUGGCAUUUUGGCCUCUGGCCCCAAACCGCUGGUCAUUUCUGCCCUGCCUCACUGUACGCUGUCCCUAGUUACAGGUCUCUGUAGCUUUUUCUACAAAGGUAAGACCACCCACAGUCAGCCAGCUCCGGCACAUGCCCUGCAGGGACAGCUGCAACCAGAAACACCAGGGUGGAUUCACAGCAGUGACUGCCCAGAGGGGCUUGGUCUUUGUAUCCUGCUGUCACCCUCACACCAAAAAGCUGCCAAGUGCUUAGGCUACUCUGUUCUAAUUAACUUCUCCACAGAAAUGUGGCCCCCACUUGGCUUCAAAAGCUUUCUGGCCUCCGCUACCACCAGUCUGUCCCUACCCUGUUGUAUAUCCAAGCCCUGUGUUUGAGUGUACUUCUCCACCUCCACAGAAACAAAGGCCUGAUACAGCCCCCAGGUGGGAGGGGUUCAGGACAGAGAUGCUCUGGCCCCAUGUGGGCACUCACACAAAGUGUUUGGAAUGCUCAGCACCGUGAGGAGUUGCAGAGCCCUUUCCAGCAGAGAAUAACCAUCCACAUCCCCGACUCUGCAGAACCAAGAUAAGGUGCCUCUGGUUAGUCCCAUCUCCCUCCUCCUGUGGUGCUGCCAGCUUGUACAAUAAAGGUUAGCCAUGGCCUCCCGGACACCAUAUAUCCCUCUCCGCUUUACGAUUCGAGAAAAGCACCAAGAUGGAUGACUUAGUCACCUGCCAAAUGACAAGGCCUCUUAUCUAAAAUUCUGACUUAACGGGGUAGAGCAAGAAGAGUCCACGUAUUCCUCGUAUGUCUCCACAGUCAUAGGACAUUAAACUGGGCACGUUCCCGAAUCCUGACUAUUAUGCCCAUUAGGCUAGGAGCCCGGUCCAUUCUCAUGUGGUCUCCACGGCAUGGUUCUACAUGAGGCAAAACAAAACAAUGAAAAGCUAAAUUCUAGAGAGGGCAGGCAGAGCAAGAAUGCUGUGCCACCGAGGUCAUGGGACAUGGUGCCGUGUCUGCUGUCUUCAGGCUCCUCCUCCCCAUCCUGUCAGUGUCCUCUGAAGAGAGCAGCAGGGCUGCCCCAGUGUACCACUCACCCACUGCUACUUCUCAAGUUUAAAAAGCUAAAGAAAUAGGAAAUCCCCUGGUUA